ACCUGCGGAUUGAUCCACACUGUAUUUUUGGGUAAAUACAAUCACGUGAGAGCUGAGAGCCAAUAGCAAACUGGGAAAGGCUGAAAAAAUAAUUACCUGCCCUGAUUGUUCUAUGAGAAGAUAAAAAGUACACAUACAGUUCAUACAAUAAUCUUAUGAAUGUAAAAGAGGGGGGAACAUGUCGGCUUCUGGUCCCAUAAGCAACUAUUAUGUAGAUUCCUUGAUAAGUCAUGAAAAUGAAGAGCUCUUGGCAUCAAGGUUCCCAGCCACUGGCUCUCACCCUGCAGCAGCUAGACCUUCAGGAUUAGUACCGGACUGUGCCGAUUUUCCAUCCUGCAGUUUUGCCCCUAAACCGGCCGUUUUUACUACUUCAUGGGCUCCCGUGCAUUCUCAGUCUUCUGUGGUUUACCAUCCGUAUACCCACCAGCCUCACAUUGGGGCUGACACCAGGUAUAUGCGCACUUGGUUGGAACCCAUCUCAGGCGCUGUGUCCUUCCCUGGCUUCCCACCCAGCAGCAGGCAUUACGGGCUGAAGCCGGACGCUUUCCCCGGCCGAAGGGCGGAAUGUGGCCCGGUGGACGGGCGUAGUUAUCCGGAUUACAUGUACGGAUCCCCGGGUGAUCUCAGAGACCGAACUCCGCAGACUAUACCCUCUCCGGAAUCGGAGGCAGUCGCUUCGAGCAAACACAAAGAAGAAAAGAACGAAUUAGACCCUAGCAAUCCCGUCGCAAAUUGGAUUCACGCACGUUCCACAAGGAAGAAAAGAUGUCCUUAUACAAAGUAUCAGACCCUGGAACUGGAAAAAGAGUUUUUAUUCAAUAUGUACCUCACACGGGACCGGAGGUACGAAGUAGCCAGAGUUCUUAAUCUCACUGAACGCCAAGUCAAAAUCUGGUUUCAGAACAGGAGAAUGAAAAUGAAGAAAAUGAAUAAAGAAAAAACCGAUAAAGAACAGCAAUAAAGUUGGCAAAGUCAAAUCAAUGCAAGAGAAAGGAGGAGAGGGGAGGGAGGAAGGAAAAGCCGUUUCUUUGGUUCGAAAUGUUUCUGACUUUGAAUGUGCUGAUCAGUGUUUAGAAUUAGUUAAACACAGCCAAGCGUUUGGGAGCACCAUGCUUUUAUAAAAUGCAACUAAAAUAAAAUGAUUUUUUGUCCUUUUCAGAAAACAUAAAAGAAAAGUACUUGAAUUUUUUUUUUAGUAUUUU